AUGCCCCCCAUCCGCAGGAGAAGCAUCGCCUGGAUUGCCCUAGUCGCCACCCUCAUCCUCUUCUACUUGUACAACACCUCGACAAUCUCUCCGUCUUAUACAGACACACAUCUGCAUACAGCUCACCAUGGUUCCUACUUCUGGAAAGCCCUCCCUACUCACUACCCUCCACAGUCAAUCCGCCCAUUACCAACCACCACUCCCGUGAAAUAUCCCGACAUCCAGGCAUCCUUCAGCGAAGAAACGCCAGAAGCGCAAACCACUCGCCAGCACCGCCAGCACGCCGUAAAAGACAUCUUUUCAAAAUGCUGGACAUCCUACCGCAAAUACGCCUGGAAGGCAGACGAGCUCGCGCCCGUGUCCGGCGGCAGCAAGAAUCCCUUUGGCGGCUGGGCGGCCACGCUGGUCGACGCCCUCGACACCCUCUGGAUCAUGGACAUGAGGCCCCAAUUCGACGAGGCCGUCCAGGCUGCCAUCACCAUCGACUUCACCAAGACGGAUCUCGCCCAAGUCAACGUCUUUGAGACCAACAUCCGCUAUCUGGGCGGCUUCAUCUCCGCCUUUGACCUCAGCGGCGAUGAGCGCCUCCUCCUCAAGGCCAUCGAGGUCGGCGAGAUGCUCUACAAGGCCUUUGACACGCCGAACCGCAUGCCCAUCACCAGGUGGGACAUCCACGCCGCCAUCAGGGGCAGCAGACAGACCGCUCCGCCGAAACUGCUCGUCGCCGAGAUUGGCAGCCUGACGAUGGAAUUCACGCGGCUCUCCAUCAUUACGGGCAACGCAAAGUGGUUUGACGCCGUGCAGCGCAUCAUGGACGCCAUGGCAGACCAGCAAGACUCGACAGCACUACCCGGUCUCUGGCCACUCGUUGUCAGCGCAAAGGACCAAAUCUUCAACAUCGGCAACACCUUCACGCUGGGCGCCAUGGCCGACAGCGCGUACGAGUAUCUGCCGAAAAUGGCAGCCCUCAUGGGCGGCCAACUGCCCCUAUACCAGGCCAUGUACGAAAAGGCCGCCACAGCAGCCAUCAAGCACGCCCUCUACCGGCCAAUGACGCCCCAAAACGACGACAUUCUCAUCUCAGGCGCCAUCCGGUCGGAAAACGGCGAAAUCACCCUCGACCCGUCGGGACAGCACCUCGUGUGCUUCCUAGGCGGCCUGUUCACGCUCGGAGGCAAAUUGUUCAGCCGGCCCCAGCAUCUCUCCGCCGCCGCCAAGCUCGUCGACGGCUGCAUCUGGACAUACAACGCCCUCCCGCACGGCAUCAUGCCCGAAACAUUCCGCAUGCUGCCCUGCCCAUCCCUCGCCGACUGCGAAUGGGACGAGCAAGCCUGGAAGAAGCAAGUCCUCCGCCUCGCCAAAGACAAGGACACCGUCAGCGCAGACGCCAUCAUCAAACGAGACCGCCUCCCGCAAGGCUUCACCUCCAUCCCCGAUCGCCGCUACAUCCUCCGGCCCGAAGCCAUCGAGAGCGUCUUCAUCCUCUACCGCGCCACAGGCCGGACCGACCUGCUCGACUCGGCAUGGGCCAUGUUCGAAGCCAUCAACAGCACGACGAGCACCACGCUCGCCAACUCGGCCGUGUGGGACGUCACGCUUCCUCGGGACCAGCAGCCUGAACGGGCAGAUUCGAUGGAGUCCUUCUGGCUCGGCGAGACGCUCAAGUAUUUCUAUCUGAUUUUCAGUGAGCCUGAUAUGAUUAGUCUGGAUGAAUAUGUGUUUAAUACCGAGGCACAUCCGUUUAGGAGACUAGUUCCGUAA